AUGACCGCGAGCAUCGUCAACACACACAAGUAUCCCUUCGCAUUCGACGAUCCUAUCGUGUAUCCCGGUAAGCAAGGCAAGGCUGGUGACACGAAAGAUGUCCGGCUUCACCUGCCAAACGUACGCGGAAAUGUGCCAUCCAUUCAAGCUUCGAGACUGAGGACGAUGAUGCUGGAAGCCCACCGAGACCCUACCAAGAUCCUGGCUCAUUGCUGCUCCAUGGAUGGACUUACCUCAAGACUCGUCGAGGAAGCAGGGUUUCCGAUGAUCUUCCUUGCUGGCUAUCCUUGUGCUAGCAGCUAUGGUCUUCCAGACACCGGAUACAUUGCCAUGCAGGAGAUGUGUGACAAGAUCCAGGAGGCCGUUCGCCAGGUCAGUGUACCCGUCAUGGCCGACGGCGAUACUGGCUACGGUAGCCCGAUGAACGUCAAGAGGACCGUGGAGUCAUACGCUCUGGCUGGCGCAGCCGGCAUCAUGAUCGAAGACCAAACCUGGCCGAAGAGAUGCGGCCACACCAAAGGCAAGUCAGUAGUCAGCCGCGGCGAGGCCUACGCGCGGAUCCAAGCCGCAGUGGAUGCCAGAAAUGACGGCCUAGACAUCUUCGUACUCGCUCGAACGGACUCGUUGAUACUUGGCUGGGAUGAGGCAAUGACCCGCGCCAAGGAGUUCAAGAGAAUCGGUGUUGACGCCGUCUUCGUCGAGGCACUUCCUGACGCUGACGCAAUGAAGAAAGCGGUCCAGGAGAUUGGCAUUCCCACAUUCGCCAAUAUUAUUGAGGGUGGUAUGACGCAGAAUCUCUCUGCAAAGGACCUUGCGGAGUUGGGCAUGUGUGCUGUAGCAUACCCCUGGCGGCUGGUCGCGGCAAAGCUGAAGGCCGUGCGUGAGGCGUUGGAGAGCCUGAAAGAGAGCAUGACCGUCGGCGCGCCUCCCGAGAUAUUGAGUUAUGCUGAGGUCUGUCGAGGGGUUGGCUUCAACAAGUACUGGGAUCUCGAGGAGAAGUACAAGUACGACGCAAAUGGUAUCACCGGGGUCAUGGCUCCGACGGCAGUCAAUGGGGCCGGCGGGAAGUAG